CAAAUUUAAUUGAGCUAAAAAUUCCUAAUUUCUCUCUCUCACGUGCACAAACAAACAAACAAAUAUGACCGUUGGCUAUUUCGUCACAAAGCCCAAAUCGAAACCGAGGAUCCGUCGUCCCAAUCUUCAUGGAUGAAAUCCAGAUGGGUGUUUCAAAAACUAAGUCCCCACCUUCCCUCUUGGGCCUCCUCUCUCGUCUCCCCAUUCAACUCCCUCACUUCCCCAAACCCUUCCUCUGGAAUUCCAAGCCUCAUCUUUGUCCUCAACCAUCUCGACAUAAGCCUCCUUCUCUCCACCUGUGGAAGACAAGGCUAUAUCCAUCUGGGUUCUUCUCUCCACGCCUCAAUCAUCAAGAACUUGGAAUUCUCUCAUCUUCACCACAAUCCUAUUCAUCUCCGAAAUGCGCUCGUUGUUUGGAAUUCUCUCCUCUCCAUGUACUCAAAAUGUGGGGACUUAUCGGAUGCAGCUAAGCUGUUCGAUCAUAUGCCCAUGAAAGAUACCGUUUCAUGGAAUUCAAUGAUAUCUGGGUUUUUAAGAAAUGGGGAGUUUGAGAUGGGUUUUGGGUAUUUUAAACAAAUGCACCAUUCGGGUUUUUGUCGUUUAGAUCAAGUGACUUUGACUACGCUUUUAUCUGCAUGCGAUGGACCGGAUUUAUGCUGUGUGAAUGAGAUGAUACAUGCGUUAGUAUUUUUAAAUGGAUAUGAGAGGGAGCUCACGGUAGGGAAUGCAUUAAUUACGUCGUAUUUCAGAUGUAGACAAUUCAAUUCGGGAAGGCGGGUUUUUUGUGAGAUGCUUGAAAGGAAUGUCAUUACUUGGACAGCUAUGAUCUCGGGUCUAGCACAGAAUCAAUUUUAUGAGGAAAGUUUGAAACUGUUUGUGAACAUGCGUCGUGGAUUGGUGGAACCCAAUUCUUUGACAUAUUUGAGCUCACUCUUGGCAUGUUCCGGUUUGCAGGGACUUAAGGAAGGCAAGCAAUUACAUGCACUUGCUUGGAAAUUGGGAAUUCAAUCAGAUUUUUGCAUUGAAAGUGCAUUGAUGGACAUGUACUCUAAAUGCGGUCGCAUGAAAGAUGCAAUGGAAAUUUUUGAGGCUGCUGAAGUUCUUGAUGAGGUUUCCAUGACUGUUAUUCUCGUGGGUUUUGCACAAAAUGGGUUUGAGGAGGAAGCUAUUCAUAUUUUUGCGAAAAUGGUAAAGAUGGCAAUCAAGAUUGAUGCAGACGUGGUUUCAGCUGUUCUUGGUGUCUUUGGGGUCGAUACGUCUUUGGCUCUUGGUAAGGAAAUCCACACUUUGGUCAUCAAAAAAGGCUUUGGUUCUAAUCUCUUUGUCAGUAAUGGACUGAUCAACAUGUACUCAAAAUGUGGUGAUUUGGAGGAUUCAAUAAAAAUCUUUAAACAAAUGCCUCAGAGAAACUCAAUUUCAUGGAACUCCAUGAUAGCAGCUUUUGCUCGUCAUGGAAAUGGCUCCAAAUGUCUUCAACUAUACGAAGAUAUGAAAUUAGAAGGUGUAGAGCCAACAGAUAUCACAUUCCUCUCCUUGCUUCAUGCUUGCAGUCAUGUCGGAUUAGUAGAUAAGGGCAUGGAGUUCUUAGAGUCCAUGACUAGAGUUUAUGGAAUUUGUCCGAGGAUGGAACACUAUGCUUGUGUUGUUGACAUGUUGGGCCGAGCAGGGCUUGUUAACGAAGCCAAGACUUUCAUCAAGGGAUUGCCCGUAAAGCCAGACAUACUUGUUUGGCAGGCACUUCUCGGUGCCUGUGGCAUUAAUGGUAAUUCUGAAAUCGGAAAAUAUGCAGCUGAGCAGUUGUUUUUGGCAGCACCUGAUAGCCCAUCGGCAUACAUUUUAAUGGCCAAUAUUUAUUCAUCUAGAGGACAAUGGAAAGAGAGGGCAAGAACUAUCAAGAGAAUGAAGGAGAUGGGAGUGGCAAAAGAAAUAGGAAUAAGUUGGAUAGAGAUUGAGAAAAAAGUUCACAGUUUUGUAGUUGAGGAUCGAACGCAUCUGCAAGGAGAGAUUAUUCACGGUGUAUUGCUCGAGUUAUUUAGACACAUGAGUGAUGAAGGACAUGUCCCAGAUAGGAAGUUUAAUCUAUACUACUUGAAUCUAGAUUGAGGGGGUUUAGUAGGGUAAGAAAAGAGGAUUAUAGUUAUAUUUGUCAUUUUUUUUUUUUGGGUGUGUGUGUGUGUGUGUGUUUAGCUUUAGUAUCACAUAUUCAACUAAACUCUGAAAAAUGAGGCAAGUGUAGUUUUUGUUUUCUGCAACUUUGAGAACAGAAAACUGGUUUUAAAAAUUAUUCUAAAACAACCUUAUCUUUCCUUGUUUUUCUUUGAAUUUUGGGAAGUAGAACAUCUGAAUGUGUCAUUCUAGUUGAAGAAAUUGAUUUUGCAAACCAACAAA